GUCGGAACAGAGAGACGGAGAGAGAGGGAGGGAGAGUGUGUGAGCACUCGUCUGCCUUCUGAAGUCCUCCUGCUGCCGCUUGCAGAGUGGUGAGAGGGGAGGGGGAGCUAGAGUGAUUGGCCGAGAGCAGCAGGGAAGCGGCAAAGACGCGGGAAGCGGGAUGGGCUGCCGUGGCAACUGAGGUCAUCCGAGCGCACGCCGGUAAACGUGGUGUUUGGCCGCAGCCACCGCCACCCACCACCACCGCCACCAGCGGCACCCCCACCAGGACUUCACCGAGGCCGCUGCAGGCGCCGUGGGGAGGUAGAGGGGAGACCUCUACUGACUCAGGCACCCCCCCUCCCCCAUCCCGAUCCGUGCCGUAUGACACCUGUUACACAGGAGCAGCCCGGAGGCGCGGCGGUCCAGGGAUCGGAGGAUGAGUGCGUUGGCGGAAGAGGGGGAGGCGGGGGAGGGCUGAGGAGGACGAGGAGGAAGAGGAGGAGGACGACGACGAGGAAUUGAGCCGCUGGGCAGUGUGAAAGAACAAAAAAGUGGGAGCCUUUAUUUUUUUUCUUGCUUUCAACUGGCGGGAGGCAGAUUGUCACUCCCCCCCCCACCACCCGCCGGCCCCCCAGGGAGCAUGCAGGUGUUUCAGAUCGUCAAGGAGCUGGUGUCUCCGUCCAGACGCCGGGCGGCUGCCAGAUUCGGAGCGUCUGAAACGGAGCAGGGUGCGGCGGCCAGACUCGCGCAGGAACGUGCCGAUAUCGUCGCCAAAUAUGACAAGGGUAAGGAGGCCACUGUGGAACCCUGGGAGGACAUAGACUUCCGCCUGUACAAAAACAUCGACCGCUUUGGUUUCCGCCAUGCGGAGGAGCUACCAUCCUUCGAUGCGGUGGAAGACAAGCAAAAGCACCUAGAGCUGGAGCGGACCUCCAAGUGGCUGAAGAUGAUGAAGAGCUGGGACAAGUACAAGAACAGUGAUAAGUUGUCUCGGAGGAUCUACAAGGGGAUCCCUCUGCAGCUCCGGGGGGAGGUGUGGGCCCUGCUGCUCGACAUCCCCAAGAUCAAGGAGGAAAAGAAGGACUUCUACGAGAAGCUAAAGAUCAGAGCUCGAGGACUGUCGCCCGACAUCCGUCAGAUCGACCUGGACGUGAACCGCACCUACCGGGACCACAUCAUGUUCAUGCACCGCUACGACGUGAAACAGCAGGCUCUGUUCCAUGUCCUUACAGCCUACUCCAUUUACAACACGGAAGUGGGCUACUGUCAGGGUAUGAGUCAGAUCACGGCGCUGCUGUUGAUCUACAUGAACGAGGAGGACGCCUUCUGGGCCCUGGUCAAACUGCUCUCAGGGCCCAAGCACUCCAUGCACGGGUUCUUCAUACCCGGCUUCCCCAAGCUGAUGCGCUUCCAGGAGCACCACGAGCGCAUCCUGAAGAAGAUGAUGCCCAAACUCAAGCAGCAUCUGGACACCCAAGAGGUGUUCACCAGUCUGUACACGAUGAAAUGGUUCUUCCAGUGUUUCCUGGACAGAACACCAUUCACUCUCACCCUAAGGAUCUGGGACAUCUACAUCCUGGAGGGCGAGCGUGUGCUGACGGCCAUGUCCUACACCGUCCUGAAGCUGCACAAGAAGCACUUGAUGAAGCUUGCCAUGGAGGAGCUGGUUGAGUUCCUGCAGGUCACUCUGUCCAAGGACUUCUUCCUGGAGGACGACCUGGUCAUCGAGAAUCUCCAGACCUCCAUGACCGAGCUGCGGAGGGCCAAGUUGGAGUUCCCCGCGCCAGGUAAAGAGGAGGAGUACCCCAAGAAACCACUUGGGGUGCUACCCCCAGAACCAGGGGCGGUGGUGAACGAAGCCGUGGCGACCCCCAUGGCCAACGGCGUGGGGUCGGGUCCCCCGCCGCACCGGGACCCCAGCCCCGUCCCCCCGGAGCGGCAGCCUGAGAGCCGGCCCCCCAGCCGGACCCGCCGGGACUCCAUGGACAGGCUGAUGCGCCACAACAAGUCCGGGAGGAGGGAGGGCCGCCACCGGGGGUCCGGAGGGGAGACGGACGGCGGCUCCGCCUCCGCCUCCGCCCACAGGCGGUCGGCCGAGACGUCGGUCCCCCCCACCCCCACCAACCCCACUCCGGAGAGGGGGGCUACGCCCGCCCCCCCCACCCCGACCUCCACGCUGCUCCAGAUGGUCCAGGCCGGGGGCCGCGGCCACGCCCACGCGGCGGCCAACCACAACUCCAACGCGGCGUCCAGCUCCCGCCAGCCGCCCGUGGGCCCGCGCUGGGUCAAGCCCUCGGAGACCAAGCUGGAGGCGGCCAAGGCGGCGGCGGCCCAGGAGGUCCGCCGCAGCCGGGGCUCCAGCCCCGACGAGGCCUCUGGCGCGGCGGGCCAGCGGAGGCCCCCGUCGCGGGGCCUGGUCCCGGGCGCCGACCGCGGCUCCAACGCCUCGCAGUACGACAACGUCCCCGAGACGGGGGGGCCCUCCGCCCUCGAGGUGCCCGAGCCGGACGGACCCCCGUCGCGGUUGAGGACUCCCCCCGUGGAGAGCCCCUUCCGCACUCCGUCCCCCCGCCAGCCCAGCCCCGUGCGGGCGCCCCCUCCCGGCAGCGGGGCGGGGAGCAUGGGCUCGCUAGUGCUGAGCCCCGGGGGGCCCCAGGCCCCCCGUAUGACCAGGCACCACAUCCCCCCGCCGCUGACCCUCACCAGCCCGCCGGGGGGGGGGUACCACUACCCGGCCGGCCCCCACCACGCCGCCCAGCCUGCGCCCCAGCAUCAGCAGCAGUACCCCCCCGGCCGCCAGGGCACGGCGCCUAACUUCUACCCCGGGGUCCCGGACCACCGGCUCGGAGACGAGAGACUCUACGGCCCCGCCCGGCCCCCCGGGGAGCGUGGCUACGCCACGGUGCAGCACCCCCACCCCAACCACCGCCACCCACAGGGCCUGUCCCCGGAGAACAACCACCCGUACGCCACCCACCAUCGGUACCCCCCCAACGGGAGCCGGGACCCCCGCAUCUUAGCCCCGCUGCCCAUGGACUCGGGGCAGCCCAUGCUCCGGGAGGGCGCCUUGUACCGCCAGCACCGUCACAACGGGCGGUCGGCCACGCCCCCCACACACCCCCACCACCACCACGUCCCCCACCACCACCAGCCCCAUGCGGACUACAGCCUGGUCGACCGGCAGCCGCCCCCGCCCAGUCGCCCCCAGGGGUCGGAGGGGGGGACGGGCCGAGACCCUCACUCCUCCUCGGGGGGCGUGCCCCGGUCGACCAGCUUCCAGCAGGCGCAGAUGUCGCCGCUGCAGGAGUUUGUUUUCCCCGACGUGGCGGCGCCACACUUCAGGACCCCGUUCCAGCAGCAGCAGCAGCAGCGGCAGCAGCAGCAGGCGUCGAUGCAGCAGCAGUUCCCGGCGCUGUUUGGAGCGCCGGACUACCGCCACGCUCAGGAGGCCUUCGCCAUGCAGGAGUCCAUGCUGUUGUGAGGAGGGAGGCCGAGAGACCGAGAGAGACACACACGGAGAGAAUGGUUUGAGGGGAAACAGGAAGUGAAAGGUGGACCGACGGAUGUACUGUGCUGGAGGGGAGAGAUUUAGAGAAUGAGGUGAAGUCACUCACACUAUGGCAAUAGACAGGCUUUGAUUCUGACGUCGGUUAGGAUCGUCCUCGUGUGUUUUCGUUGGGGUUUGUUUCCGUUUGUUUGGGCGGUCGACUCUUUUGGUUAAGUUUCUUGUGUAGUUUUCUCUGUGUUGUCGGUUCGUUUUAAGUGUAUUGUUUGCUUUGCUGUGCUUUAUGUGUUAAAGUAGGGUUCUCGCUGGCUCCUCCACUGCACUGCGACGGUGCGGGUCAACCCAGCCUCCGGAAGUUUCCACCGAUCACUGUAAACUAUGAAAUGAUGACGCAACGACCUGAACGGACCGAGAGAGAGAGCUAUUUUAUUUUUGGAUGUGAAAUCAUUGCGAGAGGUGACAUUAUAUAUGUAUCUUUAUAUAGAUAUGUAUACAAGUGUCUUUUUAGAGUCUUAAAUGUACAGUUACUAUUUUUUUGUUGUCGUCAUUACUGUAGUAAUACUGAGUAUUAAAAUCAGUAGGGGGCGGGCUGUACUCCCGGAGAGACAAAAAAAACACAUCCAUUCCUUUUCUUUUUUUAAUAUAUGUUUGCAACAGAUAAUUUACGUUAGUUUUGUCCGCCGUAUGCGCGUUGAUCUUAUUAUUUUGAAAGAGAAGAGUUUAUGGUUAAGCAACUAAUAUAAUAAUUUGUUUACUGAGAGUUGUGACUUCUAUUUUGACUUGAGUACAAGCACCUCCAAAUUAGUUAUUUUUCUUUGUCUGCUUUAUUUUUUAAUGAUUGGAAUAUUUUCCUUUUUGUCAUUGAGAUUAUUCUACCAUUGCUGUUUCAGCAAUGCUUGUUCUUGAUCUGCUGAUACAUUGGUGUACACAUGGAUACAUUUCAAGUAUGCAGGCUUGUGUCAAAUUUAGAUUUUGUUUUGCUUGAGAAAUGCCAAGGGCUGUUUUUGUAAGGGCUCUUAGAGAGAAAUUGUGUGCGUUUGUUUUGUCAACCCUUUCCUGAUUUGCAGUCUUAUAUUACUUACAGAACAUUAGCUGGACGUCAUUUUCAACACGCGUCACAUUCACGCAAACACGCACACCAUUACGUAGGCCUACAUUUAACUUGAGCAAACAUUAAAUAACAUUGUGUAUUACACUCCGUAUUCACAUGUACACUAACAGUGCCCCCUAGUCUUCAAUGUGUGAAUCACACAUUUCAGUUGCUAAUUGGCCAUAUGCCGUUAUUUCUCAUUAUUUGGCGUAACCCUAGUUGUCAACAGUAUUGCAGUACUGUUUUUAUUACAUUCCCAUUUUUUUAUCAUCAGACUAAUUUCCUUCACAAUUCUCUGAUUCUUUGUUUAAUAAAACAAGUUUGAUUGAAAUCAAUAAAUGACUGUCAUUGCCUUUGC